GAAAAUUUCCAAAUCGCAGUACAACUAAAGAAGAAGCCGGUGACCAAGUCGGACUCAAACCAAAUCGUGGUGAUAUAUAAUGCAACGUAUCGUGGUGAGCAACCGGGAGAAAGAGAGAAGUAACAAGGGAAAAUAGAUUGCACCCAUGGCCAUGGACGGCGCGGGGCGCUUGGAGUUGCCCACGGACGUUCUGGUCGAGAUCCUCCUGCGGCUGCCGCCGAGCUCCCGCCGCCGGGUCCGCCUCGUCUGCAGGCUCUGGCGCAGCAUCAUCGACGAGCACACCACGGAGAUGCAGAGCCGCGCCACGGCCCUCCUCUGGCAUACCUGGUAUGGCAUCGCCUACGUCGUCGACGACCUGUCCAAGUCUUCGACGGGGCGCUACACACAGCUGUGGCCUCGGGACACAGCGGGACCGUACUUCCUCGACCGCGGUAGCCUGCAGCUGAUCGGCACGUGCAAUGGUCUUCUCUGCCUGUGCGACAACGAGGAGGCACCCGGCGGCGCCGUCACCCUGGUCAACCCGGCCACCGACGAGGAGCUGCCCGUCCCGCCGCUGCCUUGCGCAUGCCCGUUUGUCCCGUCUUUGGAGAGAUGCACCUACUGGGAGAACUGGCACAAGGCGUACAGCUUCGCGUACCACCCUACGUCCGGGCAGUACAAGGUGGUGCACAUCCCAUGUAGCAUCAGCGAGGAAUACAAGUUCGACGCCCUGCACGUGCUCACGCUAGGGGAGGCGUCGUGGCGGGAGGUUCCGGCCGGCCCUGCGGAGGGAGUGAGGUGUAACCUCGGCGCCGGCAUAGUCAGCGUCGACGGCACGACUUAUUGGGUCGUAGAGAAUGCCGGAGCGAGCUGGGUCGUGUCAUUUGACCUCGACAACGAGGCGGUCGCCCGUGUCAAGGGGCUGCCCGGGCAUCCCGCUGGGCCUGAAAACUACCACCUGACGGAGGUGCACGGGAGGCUGGGCAUUGUUGUCCAUGGCCUUUCGAGAACGACAGAGGUGUGGGUUCUGGACAAGGGGCAGCGAAAGUGGAGCUGUCGGUACAACCUUACGCGGCAUGAGGUCACGCGGCCAUACUUCGUGUAUGGCGAGUGCAUCUUGACAUUGGAGGAGAGCUUGAUACGUGGGCACUACAGACAUAAAGGCAUGUGGGCAUCCAACAAGGCGGUGCCUGUGCGGGUCAGUCGCCGGGCUCAUGGGACGCGGCUCGCGGUGAUAGAUGACGAAUGGUGCCAGACAUUGCCCUACGUCAAGACGAUGGAGCCACUUAGCAUUUAUAUGCUGCCAAUUGAUAAUGCCUAAUGAGGAUGUUUUGUCUUUCCUUGACAAAUUAGUUCUUCUACUAGACGGAGGAGAGGAGCCGCCCCUUGCCGUGUUGUUUUCUUUUUAGAAUUUGCUAUAUCUUUAGGAGAAUGAUUUUCAUCUUGGCUUCCAUCAUUUUUUUGACUCUUCUAUUUUUCUUCUCUAUUGUCCAUGUUUGUUGUUAGUUUUCUACUUAUUUUUAU